UUCCCAAUCACUGCUUUUGAUUAUUAUUACUUUUUGUUUUUUCUUUUUUCUCCACUUGGUUGUGGAUACAUGCUCUUUUUUUAUUUAUUUAUUUUUGAAGCAAGAACCUGUUUGUGCGACUUUGCUUGUUUUUUGUUUUUUUUAAAUGCUUUCCUCGACAAGAAGGCGUUUUUCUAUCCCACUCCAAAGGGGAGCCAGGAACAACAACAGAACAGUGUAUAUACAUGCGCGAAUGUAUUAUAUUUCCAAUACAUGCAGAUAUACAAACACACUUUAAUUGACAACCGCAAUCGCAAAUGUGCCCCUCCGCAUAAGAAGAGCCAUUGAAUUUGUGAAGAUGUCUGUCUGCUCAGCUCAGUAGUCUCUUUUUUCCCUCCUUCU